AUGGCGGCGUCUGAAAUGUCAAUCGAAAAGAUGGUGAAGGAAAAGCCCAAAGGCGAGUCGAAGAUGAUCAGUUCCAUGGAAAAGGACGAAGCUUUACAGGAACCUACCAUUGUUGUAAGUUAUUUUUAUUUUUUUUUGAGUUUAAAGGCAUUUUAAAAAGUUUUGUUGUUUUUUGAAGUUUGAAGCUAUAGGAAUUGACGACAAGACUUUUAUAUUACUUUUUUUUGGGGUUUUUUGGAAUUGGUAACCUAGGUAUCUUACUCUACCCUACCUUAAUCUACUGUAUCUUACCACACACUACCAUAUUUCAUACCUUUACCUUUUUUAACUUUACAGUACACUAAACUUUCAGGAACGCAAACGAAAGCUCAAGAAAGAAAAAGAGACAGAAGUGGAAACAGUGAAAGAAAAGCCAGAAGAAACGAAGCAAGACGAGGUCACCACUGCUUCAGCCAUGACCGAUGUUGAAGAUGAGGAACGGCGCAAAAUCGUCCGGAAAUAUAUGAUUUACCUGGGUGUUCUGGUGUCCGAAGCCGUGCUGAUGACUAUCGUAUUGCUCGUUGGUGUCGUUUAUGUCGCUGUUUUUAUGUCAUAA